CGAGCGCCUAGCAAUGCUCCAGCUUUGCUACAUACUCCGAGCCUGCUCCGAACGGUCGCCACGAAAAUCAAAGAUUCAGUCAUGGACGACACGUCGUACUUGAGUCAAUUUCAACAUGGAACAACCAACGCUCACCAAUAUCCUCGCGUCCAAUCAUCUUCUGUAGCCUCUGCUCAUCGAUAUCACCCUUACAACGAUGAACUCAUCUUCAAUUCGAAACGUGCCCAUCCGGUCUCAAAUACGUCUUCUGAAUACAACCAGGCUAUCGCGAGACAUGCGCAAGAGAAAAUAACCGCAGCCCUAAAACCUCGAAAUCAGGCUGCUCUUGCCCAAACGCCUGGUCAUUUCUUUCAAAGGCAGCUGCGGCAACCACAGUCACAGGUUCACGCGUCCACACAUCCCUACCAGCCCUCUUCGCAUUUGUCUCACCUUUUACCUGUGUCAGAACGCGCUCACAGACCAACUCAAAGCUUUCCUUGCUCUCAGGCUAGCUCUGCCAUUACUUCAGGUCCAGACAUUGGAAAUACAAGAAAUACAGGAAACGGCAUGACUCUUGCUGCUCCGAUACCAAAAACUUUCGCGGCUAGGAGCGAAACGGUGCUGAAUGCUUUGGUCGCUACGGAGAACAAGCCGCAUGUAGCUCAAGGCUCACCAAGUUUCCCACUAGCUCAACAGCUGCAGCGGAAGUUUAUUGAAGAGCAACCGCUUCACCCUCUUCAGAGUCAAGUCCAUCGUGCAUCUGUCGCGUGCACCGAAUAUCAACUUGAGGGAAAGGAAAACUUGGGCUAUUCGCUCUCCAACCUAGAAGAUGUCCAUGGCUGCUGUUCUUCCUCGUACAUUCGAGAUAGUUCUACCAGAAUGACCUUUGACGGGACCAUGAAUGCCCACCACAUCGAUUCACUCGAACAAAGGAAGUCUAGUACAGCGACAAGUCUGAAGAAACCAAAUAUCAACUCAGGACAGAUACGGCCAGUGUCCCCAGCUACAAUGGUCGCGUUGACCGAACCUAUACUUAUGUCUUGGUGCUUGGAUAAUGAGGCUGUACAAAGAUUAGCGAAGGCUACGGGAUAUUAGCAGACUGUUGAGCUUUUUGUCAGGAAUCAGACCUUCAUAGAAAACCGACAACGCUCUUUACUAUUGACAAAUGUAGGACCCAAAUAAUUUACAGGUGUCUACGCAAAAGUUCUUAUA